AAAACAGACAAGGUGUUCUCCCAGCAGAGAUCGGAGCCAGCACAAGGGCCUCUGCUGCUGGGCUGGUCCCUGUUGUUGUACAUUCAUGCCGAAGUGCAGAAGGCUCAGGGAGACGAAAGUGAUGCUGAGAUGUCUAAAACACUGAACCAAGCCCACCGUCUGGGGAAUGUUGCCUUGCAGCUGGGAGUCUUCGAGUAUCUCUUAGACUUGGUGGACUCUGAGCAUUUCUCUGGGAAGUCUGAAGAGGCCUCGUGUGCUCACUACAUUGUCUACACAGUUAUCUCAGCACUGCUGACUUUGUUUCAGGAGGAAUCACUGGGAAAUAUAGACGUUGUCUACAAGAUUGCUGGCAGGUUACUGAAAUGGGACUUUAUUGCCGACACAGUUUGGGAAAAGGGCGAACCCGAAGGGUUAUCAAUCUUGUACAACUCUGCCAAAAAGUGGUUUCCCUUGGACUUUGAAUGUUUCAUCCAGCAGAAUAUCUCCCUGGCCAGUGCCAGUCACUACAGUGCCCAGAAGGUCAAGGCAGGUCUGCAUAAAAUCAAAUCUUACACUGAAGCCAUCGACAGCAUCCGACCGCAGGACUUGCAGCACACUGGGGAGCAGGGGGUGUUUGUCUUGUUGAGGAACAAACACCCAUUUCACAGCGGUGAUUUUGUAAUAGAACAGAACUGCAAGGGAUCUCUAGUGACUCCAUCAGCUGGCCAUUGCAGCUUUACUGGUGUCGGUGAAGUCAUGAGAUGGCAGACGUCGUUCAACGGCUGGCAGUACUUGAUGGCUGAGAUCCAGGAACUGUUGUUCCAAGUGUGCCAGGGAGCUGGAAUGGUACAGACUGAGCGGCUCAUCAGGGUGACAAUGAUUAUGGAGUUGGUCAAGGAGGUCCUAAAGUCAGAUCCUGCUUCUGUAGCAGAAUUCCUGGAAUUACUCAAUUUUGGCUACCAGCUGAUCUUGAGGUUUGCUGUGUUAAAUCCAGCCCCUCCAGAGUUGUUGGCGCACACUGUCCAAUGUCUGGUGUUGGCAGUUCCUCAGUUUUUCUCUCAGGUCUCACAUCAUUUGAAGCAAACAGGCUUAUUGCCAUUCCUGACUGGAAACAUUGAUGACCUAAGCAAGAUCCAAAGUGGCGAGGGCAUUAGCCAGGGUCUCUAUGGCUGUGUCCUAGCUGGAACAGAAUGUGCCCAGGGCAUCUACAAUGUCACCCUGGCUGUGUUGGAUCUGGUAACCAAGCUUGUGCAGGUGUCCUCCAAAGAUGGCGGUGAGAGAGAUCACCUGGCCAGUGUGCUCUUCAUAAUGAAAGAAGUGUUUCCACGAUUCCACAAGUGGAGGUAUGUGGACGUUGGGCAACGAAAGAACAUUGGGCAGAAAUGUCUAGAGCUUUUCCAUCAGAUAUUAAAUCUGGCAUACAUGCAGGAACAACACAGUUUAAAAAAACAGAAGGGUCCAGGGCUGCAGGAGGCUUGCGUGUACAGCCUUCUGUUCACGGAGGCUGGCCGUUCACUGCUGGAGAUUGUUGCUACAGGAGUAGAUCACAUCCAGAUGGCUUUAUCACAACAGUCCAGUUUGACAGAGGGUGCUGGCGUCGACCUGUUGAAGCUGGUUGAAAUGUCCUUGUCCCUUCUCAACCGUCUUCUCCUUCUGAAACCUCCAGAACUUGGACAAUCGCCAGUUGAGCAGGCUCUAUCCUCUCAGCCACCUGGACGACAGCACCAACAUAUUGUUGCCACAAUAGCCCAGUAUGUGUACCACCGCCACAGCCACAAACUGCCAACAAUGGCCACUGUACUUCUGAAGCGCCUGGCAACGGUGUCGCCGAUGUCUAUACUAGCCUGCUUGGGCAACGAUGCGGAACCCAUCCGGGACCUAUUCCUGACAAGACUGCAGGCAGUCUCUGAGGCUGUUGACCUGAGGGUGGCAAUAUUGGAGAUGUUGUCAGUGUGUGUAGACUGCCAGCCAGGCCUGAUUGAGAUCUUCCUUAAUGUGCAGCAGCCUGACGAUAAAGGAACAGAACUGGGAAAGAAUAAUCUGACGUUGGGUCGCAGCAGUUGCCUCUCUAUUCUCCUGGACUUGAUUGAGGUGGACAAGCAAUGCACCUACGAAUGCCCGCCGGUGCUCUUGUGUGCAGCCCUGGAUUUUAUCCACUCUUUGUGGUAUGGCAUGAGGGAAAUACCCUUGGCUUUGCUAAGAGAGAAACAGACAUUCUGGCCUAGUGUCCUGGCAUCGUUGAAAGUUGACCUCCCACAGAUUAAUGACGAUAAUGAGAAAUCUAUACAGCCCUUGAAGCUUCAGAUCAAGCUGUGCUCGUUUGCCCUCAGGAUCAUUGCCUUGGAAAUAUAUGCUGUGGCAAGUAUGAAACUAGACGCUGUUUUAAAAAAGACUUUGCAAGAAACCUUUGCAAAUGACAGACUGAUGUAUUGGUCGAAGAUGGUGCGGGAGAACAUGCAGAUAAUGAGUGAUGCCAGUAAGUGUAUCCUUUCAACACCUGGCCAGACGGUUGCCGAACAUCCUGUUCUGAAUCUGUUACUGGCCUGGAAGAAUUUUGUGGUUAUGUCCAGUCGUUACAAGGUGUCUGAGGUGCAGUUGACAAACCGUAACAAAGCUCAGCUGCUUGACGACCUCCUGGUUGGAAUCCAGGCUCAGUUUGAGGCUCAGGAGCUGACCCAGAUCCAUGUGAAACUUGCUUCCAUCGCUAGUGCUCUGUACUUCACACUGAUCAAGGCUUGGGGAAAAGAGUUCCUUGAGAGUCAGCUAUCAGAGACCGCUAAUCUAAAGAACGGGGUCAAUCCGUUGGUACUGAUUGUCCAGAACCUGGCAGAGACUAUGCACAAGACGAGCGGAAGUGAUGUUCUCCUGCCGUCAGUUCACAUCGGGCUCCUGGGAGCAGUGACCAUAGUCUUGCAGCAGUGUGGGCCGAGGCUGGAGGAUCCGCCAAUGCUGAUCUCAGAUCUGCUUCCUGCCGUGUGCUCCGUGUUCCUUCAGAAUUCUGUGUACAUGCCCACAUUCUUGGAGAAGUUGGAUCAGAUGAAAGAUGGAUCCUUGGACCCUGGAACCUCAAAUUCUAGCUUUGGGGUCCAUGUAAAACUGCAGAUUGUCUCCUGCUGCCUCAUGGUAGAGCUGCUACAGACCAGCACAGACCUCAAUGCAUCGCUGAGGAUGCUGCAGAAGCAUGGAGUAGUGCCCUGUAUCAUCUCUACAAUAGAAGCUUUCUUCAAGGUGCAUGCUGGGAUCCCUUACAUCUACUACUGCCUGUUGUUGCUGAUCAAAAUUGCAGACACUGAGACGGGAGCAAGUAUGCUGUUAAACAGUAACUUGAGCUCUCACCUCUGCUUGGCGCUGACCUCCUGCUAUUCAACCGAAGAUUCAUUUCAGCCAAAAAGCUUUUUGUCAGAGACAUUUAGCAGCGUGCGACCUGUCACAGUUAACCGACAUACUUUGUACUGCUUGAGCCUAGAUCUGUUUGCCUGCAUGCUUCGGGUACUCAGACACUCCUUCCUGGACGAUGCCUUGAAUGUUGUUGGAGUUCAUCAAGAUAGAUUACAGCAGGCUCUGGAGAUGGCUCGGGUAGUUACAAGCAAGCCGGCCAUUGUGGAAGCUGAGGCCACUUGUAAUUUUUUGCUGCAGUUGUGUGCCUACCAUAGACAGUGGCGGUUUCAUUUGCCAGGUGUCAUGGCAAAUAUUAUGGGCUGUCUGAUGGCGAUGAUACAGUCAUACGUGGCUUUGCUGAUACGUCCACAGUAUCUGCUACAUUUGCUGGAGCAUCCCAAAGGGCAGGAGAGCUGGAGCAGAGCAGACGCCUGCAUCCUCACGUCUGCAGUCAUUCAGCACCAGAGCUCUCUGGAAGACGUGGAACAGCCCACCAGAAAACUGCUGGAUGCACAAAACAGCAUCCUAAAGCUUGUAACCAAGGGCCUAGCCUGCAUGAAACAUUUUACUCCGCCCCUGCCAGAAAUUUUGCUUGACCAAAGCACUGAUGUGAAAGAAUGGGAACCAGUCCUAACUCUUGGCUUUAGUACACCUUCAUUAGAUGACAACGAUGGAGCAAUAUCCUUUGGGACUUUGCUCAAUUGUGUCACCAUCUGUGUCAGGCUUCUGUCAAAGACAGAUGGGAAAUUUUCUCCUCACAAAGCUUCUCCAGAUGAUUCGAAUAAGAACCUUGUAUCACGGCAAGUUGCCAAUCUGGCCUUAGAGCUGUCUCUGAACAUAAUCAUGUCACAGGCCUGCCGUUACCUUCGAGAUCCAGACCGAGUACAAAGGGAAAGGCAGUUUUUGAAACGAGAACUUGGCACUGAAUUGAACUCCUGCUUAUCACCACUUCAGCGGCAGAUGAGAAGAGGAGGAGUCGAAAGAUCUCUGUCGUUGACACCACCUCAGUCACUGGCAGGAGCCCUCACAACAAGCACCUCAGCAGGUUUGGGGGCAACACAGACCACUGCCGGGUCAUCUUCAGCUACAGGGCACCCUUCAUUAACACCACAGUUGAGCCACUCCAUCUCCCAGUCUUCCGCAAGCAGCCACGACCCAGCUUUCCUCCGAUUGGUUCAGGAGUUUGUGCAGAAAGUUCUCAAGUAA